AUGGUCUCAUUACAUGGUUUAUUAGUACUUGCUAGUUUUUUCAUUGAAGCUUUUUUUUUAAUUUUAUUUUACCCUAUUAGAGGUGGUAUAAAUGAAAAAUAUAGAAAUAAUUUAAAACAAUCUUUAAAAGUAUUAUUUAGUAGAAAAUCAUUAGCUUUUCCCGUAUUAGAUGCAAAAAUUGUUUCAUUUUAUACAAAUUCUGCAUUACUUUGGUUUAUUGGUAAAAUAAAAUAUCCAAAAUUAACUUCUGGUUUAAAUAAAUAUGGUGAAAAAUAUGACUCUAAGAGUAUUUGGUUAGUUGAAGCAUUAAAUAGAAGUAAAAAUGAUCCAAUUAUAAUUUAUUUACAUGGUGGUGGUUAUUAUUGUCAAACUUCAUAUACACAAAUAGAAUCAUUAAUUAGUAUAUAUCAUUUAAUUGAACCAUCAAAAAGAUCAAAAUUAUCAAUAUUAUUAUUAGAUUAUAGUUUAGCUUCAUAUGGGAAUCAAUUAUUAACUCAAUUACAUGAAUUAGGUGCUGUAUAUCAUAAUUUAACUUUUAAAGAUGGUAAUACUAAUAUCAUUUUAAUGGGUGAUUCUGCUGGUGGUCAUUUAGCAGUUACUUUUGAACAAUUUUUAAAAAAACAAAAUAAUUCAGCUAUACCUUAUCCUAAAUCAUUAGUAUUAAUAAGUCCAUGGGUUAAACUUUCACCAGAUAAAAUUCAAUAUAAACCAGGUCAUUCUUACAAGGAAAAUGAAUCAAGAGAUUUAGUUCAAUAUACUUUUUUCACAGAACCUGAUAGAGGUAAAACAUUAGUUGGUAAUACCGAUAUUUUAAAUAAUUGGACAUCACCAGGUAAUUGUCCUUAUGCAGAAAAAGAUUGGAAAGAUAUUCCUACUUUCAGUCAACCAGGUUAUUCAGUAUUAGUUAUAGUUGGAGAACAUGAAUCUUUCAAAGAUGAUAUAUUAGAAUUUUCUCAUUAUGCAUUAGGUAGUUCAAUAAAUUCAAAAACAAUAGAUGGAUCAUCAAAAGGUAUAUUUAAUGAAUCAAAACAUUUAGAAAUUUUUGAUUAUAGUAAUGGUCCAUAUGUUGAAAUUGUUGUUGAACCUUGGGGAGUUCAUGUUGGUUCAUUAUUUUUAGAAAAUGAAAUUAUUGAUUUAUUAAAUAAACAUCCUAAUUUAAAUUAUAAAAAUUUAGAUGAUUAUCAAUUUUUUGGGAUUAAAAGAAUUGUCGGAUUUUUAGAUAAGACUUUAUAA